AUGGCAAUAACCAGAAAGGCAUUUGCAGAACCUCUAAAAAAUAUUACAAAUAGACAGACAAAUACAACAAAGACACAGCUAAGUGAGCCGGAAAAGGGCAUUCUCAAUUCUCAUCUUCACUCUGACGAGAAUGAGAUCUGCGCAGUAAGUAAAUACAAAAAGCAAAUAGAAAGCUAUUUUGAAGGCUUGGAUAUCAUUUUUAACUUUCAUGAAAAAGAUAUCAGCUUUGAGAUGAGAUCGCUUCUCGUUGACUGGGUUAUUGCCACCCACGAGAAGCUAAAUCUCUGUGACGAUACCUUGCAUUUUAGUAUUUUCCUAAUUGACCGAUUUCUUAAUGGAAGGUCAAUAUCGACAAACAAGCUUCAGCUGGUAGGGAUUACUGCACUGUUCAUCGCAUCCAAAAUAGAGGAGGUAAUUUGUCCGGAUUUGAACAGCUUUGUUUUGCUGACAGAAAACAACUUUUCGGAAAUAGAGAUUAAAAAAGCUGAAAAAUACAUGCUUUACAGCUUAGAUUACGAUAUAAAGUACGUCAAUCCGCUAUAUUUUUUAAGAAGGGUUUCAAAGGCCAACAACUAUGAAAAAAAGUCCCGAAAGAUGGCGAAAUAUUUUCUUGAAUUAAUGACACUAUACCAGGAAUUUUAUAACUUCAAAAAGUCAAUAGUUUGCACCGCUGCAAUGUAUUUGGCAAGAAAGAUAUGCCAAUCUGACAUAAACAAGAACCUGUUUUUUAUGUACUCAAAGCUUGAUCGAGAUGCCAUUAAAGAAUGCUUUGAUCUGCUUGUAAAAUUGAUAUUCACAGAGCCACGAUACCCUAACUUGGAGCAGAAAUACGAGAAAGAGCCUAUGUUUUCCGUUAACAUCAUCGCAAGAGAGUUUGCAAAAACCCAUUUUAAUUAA